AUGGUAUACACUUCGUUGACUGAUGCUCCUCAGGAUUUCAGGGAGGGUGUUGACUGGUUGUUAGCCAUGAAGGGAAAAGAUGCCUACAAAAACUUGGCGGCUAUGGCUGAGGCAGUUCACCAUCUGUUCGAACGCGAUACGCUUCGGUCAGAGGUGUUGGAAGCUCUGAAGAAAACCCAGGACAUUUCUCAGAAGUUCUUGGACCAAGAAGGUCUAAAAGAUCAGUUAUUCGUAAAAGAAUUCCUACAGAGACUCGCCAAGCCUUUGAACAAGCUACCCGGCGCACUAGCUGAUAGCCCAGAUGUCACUUCUACAACCGUAACAAAGGACCUAGUUCAUGUUGUGGACCGUUGUGAGAAGUUCCUGAAAAAGAGCAAGCUGUAUAAACAGUAUGAGGCUGCUUACAGUUCAGAAGCUUCGUGGGAGGCAUCAUGCGCAAAGGACCCGGAAGCUUGCGCGGUGGUCCUCGUGGGGAUUGCGCCAAUGCUAUACGCAGGCCUGCGUUCUUUGCAGGUUGCGAGCGCACAUGCGCUUGAAAACGAGUCGGAUUCCAAGGCCAAGGAGCGUAUGGGAGAGGUGUUAAAAGCUGUGGGUUUCAAAGAGUCGGACUGCCCUGAUAGCGAGAGAAGCUCACCUGUGCACAAGGCAUUGAGACGUGUUGAUGAACAUGUAUUUACCGUACUUCACAACCUCGCUGGAUUUUGGGUUUUCAAUUGA